AUUCACCUGGCCUGGGCUGGCGCAACGCCAUCCGAAGCAGCAACAACAACAACAACAACAACGUCAGCAACCGAACAGUAGGAGAAGUGAAAGGAGGGAGACGGAGAGAAGUGGAGAUGACGGCUGUCGCUUCGAUACCUGGGACGUCUUAUCGGUUGCUUAUUCGCACUUGAACAUUCGCGUCGAACGGUCGUCAUCCCGCCCUGAACCAACAGCCGCCCAGUUGGUCGAGCACUGCGAGAACUUCAAACUCCGAGAACAGAUCCCGCGACGGUACCGGAUGGACAUCGUCGAGUACCACUUUGUGAUUGUUAUUUGUCUUUGAUAGAAUUCGCGUUUAGUUGAAAGUUUAGUGGAAAAAACGAAAAACUACUCGCGAUAAGACAAAAAUUGCAUGUGACGGUUUGUUUUAUCUGUUAGAACAUAUGAAUUGGUGAGAGUGGCUGAAACUCGGUCCGGAUCUUCUCUCUCACCGCAGCAUCUCAGGUAUCUCACAAGCCAUCAAUUAGCAGCGAUUAAAUCGACGCCCCUGUCGACUCUGGUAACGUCGAUCGGCGCACCUUCCGAUCAGGAUCCAUUCAAGACACGGAUAUCGCUGAACCAUAAGAUCGAAUCGCACCGGCACCGGGGAUCGGAGCAAUGUCAACGGCUGAGGCGUCCCCAAACAUUGGGUCCGAGAACAAUGCGAACCUCAACGGUUCCCAAACGAUGACGGCGGGAAGCAACGAUGCGGCCAGCAGCUCACCAACGCCAACGGACGGGAAGACGUCAUCAGUCAGUUCAUCACGGGAUACCAAAAGGGAGGCCAGCUGGCCGUCGGUGCUGUUCUACAUCCACCUGAACAUUCUCGGAGUGUACGGAAUUUUUGUCCUAUUUUCGCACACCUCAGCGAUCACGUUCGUUUUCACAUCAUUCCUAACCUUAUGUGGAAUACUAGGCGUUACGGCAGGUGCCCAUAGACUAUGGGCACACAAAGCCUACCAGGCAUCCACAUUCCUACGGUUUACCCUGAUGCUGUUUCAAACUAUGGCCGGACAGGGUUCCAUCUACGACUGGGUUCGCAUGCACCGACUGCACCAUGAACAGUUCCGCAACGCGGACGAUCCGUACUACAGCGACAAGGACUUUCUGCACGCGCAAGUGUUUGCCAACAUUCGUAAGUUGAGUCCCCGCCAGGAGAAGCUGCUGCAGAACAUUGACAUGAGCGAUCUGGAGGAGGACGGGAUCGUAAUGUUCCAGAAGCGCUUCUACUGGAUUCUCUAUCCGGUGAUGUUUGUGCUGUUGCCGAUCAACGCCCCGCUCGAGUACUGGGGUGAUACCGUGCAGGCGGCAAUCUUCGUGGCUUUCUCGCUCCGAUAUCUGCUGGUGCUGAAUGUUUCCUGGUUGAUCAACUCGGCUCACUUCGUCUGGGGUUUGGAUAAAAACCACAAGCAGAGCGAUUCCAACAUGGUUUUCAUCGUGACAAAGAGCUACUGGCCACAGUAUCACUAUCUGUUGCCAUUCGACUACCAAAGCGGUGAAUUCGGAACCUACGGUUCUGGUGGCACCACGGCAUUCAUACGGGUUUGUGCUGCACUGGGAAUGGCCACCAAACUCCAGACCAUGACAACGGAAGCCGUCAAGAAGGGUUUAACGAUGGCGGUGGACAGCGGUCGACCGAUCGUGGACUGUCUGAAGCAAGCCGGCGCCGAAGAUAUGUGCAACCUGCAACGUGAGCACUAUCUGAAGAACGAAAGACUUCACUAGGGCGGACGGGGUUCGUCCGUUGACUGGAUCUCGAUGGCCUAGUAGAAGCGAUUAAUUUAUUUUUGAGGAUUUUUUUGUGACAGACCACUACUUUUUUUCUAGAAAGAACAAAACCAAUUAAACACGAA